AUGAGUGUGGGUAUUUGUGUUAAUAAUAUAACCCGAUGUGGAUUUCAUACUAGUAGGAUUCUGCGUAGUCAUGGGAUUAGAAACAAGAGUCUUGAUUUGGCUUACAAGUUAAUUCCAUAUACGUUGAAGGAUAAGAACCCUGGUCCAAUUUUAAUCAUGCAUGGUUUAUUUGGCAAUAAAAUGAAUAAUCGAUACAUAGGUCAGAAAUUACAUACAAGAUUGAAAAGAGAUGUAUAUUUGUUGGAUCUUAGGAAUCAUGGAGAAUCGCCAAUCAACGAAGAGCAUACCUAUGAUUUAAUGAGUGCAGAUGUAAUGAACUUUUUGAAACAGCAUGGUUUAAAAGACAGUAUAUUAAUUGGACACUCGAUGGGUGCCAAAGUGGCAAUGGAGGCUACAAUACUAGAAGAUCGUAAACAUCCGAAAGAAGAUAUGGUCAAAAUGUGUGUUAGUAUAGAGAAUGCGCCUGUCACUACAUUGCCAUUGGGUAAAUUCAUCAAAUAUAUCGAUGUUUUAAAUCAUAUAAUAUAUAGUAGUGAAGAAUAUGGUAAUAAGGAGAUAACAGAAAAAUUAGCUGAAAUCGAAGAUAAUCUUAUGGUUAGACAAUUUCUAAAGAGUUUGAUUAAGAGAGAUCCACAAACGAAGAAGUAUAAGAGUAAGAUUCCAUUAGAGAUAUUGAAAAAAGCCAUUAUAAGUGGUAAAAUAUCCGAGUGGACAGUCCUGGCUCAAGAUAGAUUAUGUAAUGUACCUAUAUUAUUUAUCCGAGGAGUAAAUUCCGGAUUUAUUGCAGAUGAAUACAUUCAUGGUAUAAGUCAAUAUUUCAGUCAAUUUGAGAUUAGAGAUAUCAACGAUGCAGGACAUUGGGUAAAUGCCGAAAAGCCAGAAGAGUGUAUUGAGAAUAUAGUUGAAUUUGUCGAAAGGCAUGGUGAGGAGUGA